AUGAUCGAUUUGCUAACUGUUGGCUUAUGCGUUAUACUAUUUGCAAUUACUUACUAUUGGCUGACAAAACCGCUCAAUCGAAUUAAACAUUUUGAUGAUUUUGGUGUAUUUUUAAACAAAAUAAAGAUAAAUAGGCCAUAUAGCCAAGAAUAUUUGGUACAAUUGAAGAAAAUACGCUUUCUCGAUAGAAUACCACCUGUAUAUCCAAAUGGAUGGUUCUGUAUUGCUGAAUCAAGACAAAUUAAACUUAAAGAAGUGGUACCAAUUAUUUUUUUAGGACAACAAUUAACACUAAUACGAUCGGAAACCGGAAAAGUAUACUUAAUCGAUUCGUAUUGUCCACAUUUGGGUGCAAAUUUUAGUGUUGGAGGUCGUGUUGUUAACGAUAAUUGUAUACAGUGUCCAUUUCAUGGAUGGAUUUUUAACGCUGAAACAGGUAUUUGUAUGCGUAUCCCGUAUGAAACAAGUAGUACAAUACCGGAACAAGCUAAAGUAUCCACUUGGCCAGUGGUAGAGAAAAAUAUGCAUAUUUAUGCCUGGUAUCAUUGUGAUGGGAAUGAUCCGGAAUGGGAAAUUCCGGAUAUCGAUGAAAUUAUCAAUGGUGAAUGGCAGUAUAAAGGUCGAACAGAACAUGAAAUUAAUUGUCAUAUUCAGGAAAUACCGGAAAAUGGUGCUGAUAUAGCACAUUUAAAUUAUUUACAUUUAUCUGGUAUAAAUAAUGGUAAUGAUAUCACUAAAAUUGAAAUGGAAAAUCCGGAACCAUUAGUACGGCAUGUUUGGAAUGGUCGAUGGGAGCAACAACCGGAACCAAAUAAACAUAUUGGUGUAAUGUAUUUGAAGCAGAUUAUGACUAUCAUGAAAAUACCAAUGCCAUUUACAUCUAGCGAUUUGCAAGCUCGACAGAUAGGGCCAGGUAUCGUUUAUAUGAUGUUUGAUUUCGGUUGGCUUGGCCGUGGAAUCGUCUUACAACAUAUUACACCUGAAGAACCACUCUUUCAGCGUGCACGUUUUGUUAUGUACUCAAAUCUUCCAAAAUUAUACGCUAAUUUUUUUCUUCUUUGUGAAGCAAUUCACUUUGAACGAGACAUUUACGUUUGGAAUCAUAAAUGCUACGUGAAACGACCAUUGUUAACCAAAAAUGAUGGUCCAAUUUCGAAACAUCGACGUUGGUAUAAUCAAUUUUAUUCCGAUAAUAGUCCACGUUUGGAAUUAAAUGGUACUCUUAGCAAUGAUGUAAAAUCAAUAUUUGAUUGGUAA